AUGCAGUUGUUGUCAAAACUGGGAGUUGAUCCAUCAAAAAUUGUCCAGCUCUUCACAGUUAAACUGAUCCGUAACUUUAAAAUUUCUCAACUGGAAGGAUUUCAAGAACCGGAAAAACUUACGAUAAAUUCGAAUAUUGUAAUCGACUCAACAUUGGGAGACUUUUGUCCAAAGCUCAAGACAAUCGUUGUGAGAACGAAUUCGACAGAAUUUAACCUUGCAGGAUUAGAAAAUCUUGAAGUUCUAAAUUUGAAUACUGGCAAAAAGGUUUUUCCAAUUCUUGGAGAAUGCAAAAGUCUUCGUACUCUCACUGCUUAUGCUUCAGAUGAAACAGAAGAACAUGCUGAAAAUUCUUCCGAACUCCUUCCUGGACUGCCAAAUAUCGAAAGUUUGGUCAUUCAUAGAUUCAGUUUUCCAAAAAUAACGGGAGAAACAUUUUCUCAAAACCAAAAAUUGAUAUUGACGGGAAACGGUAUCGAGGAAAUUUCGCAAGAUGCUUUUGUUCAUUUGAAAGUGCUUAAAAUACUUUACUUACAUGCCAACAAAAUCAUGACCUUGUCGAAUUCCUGUUUGCCGGAAAGUAUUGUAAAUUUGCAAGUAUCCAACAACUUGAUAUCUCAUUUUGAAAUAACCAAAAAGUUACCAAAUUUAUCGGAACUGAACUUGAUGAGUAACAAAUUAACAGAUUCUUUCGCUUUUGAAAGCUUGACUGAGCAUUAUCCAGCUCUGGAGUAUUUGGGAUUGCGAAAUAAUGAGAUGGAAACUUUGAGUUUUGGAAACUUGAAACUUUUGAGAAUUCUGACUUUAAAUGAAAAUAAGAUAAAAACCGUGAAAGUAGAAAACUUUGUAGAAGGAAAGGAGCAAGUUGUUAUUGAUUUAAAAGAGAAUCCAAUAAUUUGCGAUUGUGAUUUGAAACCUUUUUUGAGAAUUUUGCAAGAUACUAAUACUAAAAUUUCAUUGAUGUGGGAAGUUCCAUGCAAUAAUUAUAAAGAACAAUCUUUGAUGGAUAUUAAUUUGGAAGACAUAAAAUGUUAG